GUCGCCGUGGGGGUGUGGCCCCGCUCGCGCCGCGAACUCACUCUCUCGCCUCAUGUAUGAGCGGAGCUGGGGCUCCGCGCCGCCACACCGACGGAGGCACCGGGACAGCGGCGCCAUGGCUUCGUCUCACGGAAAGCACGAGCUCCGCUUCGCCGACUGGAUGGCAAGUUUACCGGGGAAUCUGCACAAUAUUCCUCUCACCAACCUGGCCAUACCUGGCUCCCAUGACUCUUUCAGCUUCUACAUUGACGAAUCCUCCCCAGUUGGACCAGAGCAGCCAGAAACCGUGCAGAACUUUGUCUCUGUGUUUGGGACAGUGGCCAAGAAGCUGAUGCGGAAGUGGCUGGCCACCCAGACCAUGAAUUUCACCAGCCAGCUAGAAGCUGGCAUCCGCUUCUUUGACCUACGCAUCUCCACCAAACCACGUGACCCCGACAAUGAACUUUACUUUGCUCAUGGGCUAUUCAGCGCCAAGGUGAAGGAAGGGCUGGAGCAGAUCAACACCUUCCUGGCGUCUCAUGCCCGCGAGGUGGUCUUCCUAGACUUUAACCACUUUUAUGGUGUGCAAAACCUCCAUCACGAGAAACUGGUGCGGAUGCUCCGCGAGGUCUUUGGGGACAAGCUUUGCCCCGCCAUCUUUGCUCAGGAGGUGACGCUCCGUUACUUGUGGGAGAAGGAGCUGCAGGUGCUAGUCUUCUACCAUAAUCCUGUAGCACUGGAUGUUCCCUUCCUGUGGCCUGGCCAGAUGAUGCCUGCCCCCUGGGCCAAUACCACCGACCCAGAAAAGCUAAUUCAGUUCCUGCAAUCUUCUGUCGCUGACCGGAGACGCAAAGGCACCUUCUUUGUCUCCCAGGUUGUCCUCACCCCCAAGGCCAGCACGGUCAUGAAGGGUGUGGCCAGCGGCCUGCGGGAGACCAUCACUGAGAGGGCCCUGCCGAGCAUGAUGCAGUGGAUCCAUUCUCAGAGACCCGGCGAAGGCGGUGUAAACAUCAUUACGGCGGACUUCGUGGAGCUGGGCGAGUUCAUCAGCACGGUCAUUGCCCUCAACUACCUGCUGGAUGAGGAGGACGAUAGCGCCACCUGAUCAGGGUUCGGUCCCACUGGUGCGUUCACAAGGGGAACUAGAGCUUUUAGGGCUACCCAUAUAUGACUGGGUGGGACUCAUGUCUAAUGCGACUAUUAAUUUACCUUUUUCGAGCUGUAACAGAGUUCAAUAGCAUUGUUUCGUAAUCUUUGGGGGAGUGAGCAAAAGAAGUUACUGUGCUCGUGCUUCUUCUCAGCAACAUCCGGUACUCCUUUGGUCGUACUUCUGCAUCAUCUUCUUUUCCGUGUUACUGCUCGCUGAAGCAAGAUAAAUCAAGUGUACAAUGUGCUUGUCCGGCAGGUAUUUCAGUGAAGGUUACUGUCUCCCUGCAAUGCACACAUCGUGAAUAAUAUUGUUAUGGCGCAAAAAUGCUGAAGUUGUAAAAGUGUUAUGAAAUGGUCAUGAAAAAAUGCAUUUGUAUCAUAAUGACUGAGGCUACGAUAUUGAUGUUGUUGCGUUAGAACUAUCACAUGUGAAAUGAAUACAUAAAAAAAAGCUGUGUAAUUAGCAUUUUUAGAGGUAACCCAGAGGAACAUCCCAUUGCUAAUACUGCUGCAGUAAACGUUAUCCUGCAUGAGGGUAAUGAUUUUUUUAAUAAAAUCUGCUACUUCUUUAACAAAUGACAAUGAUUCUCAUGUACCCUACCUUUAUAUUCAUUGAACUCAUGAAUAGAAGAUGCUACAUUGUAUUGAUGACAACCUCAAACCACCCAUUAGGUCAGGUUUCCUCUAUGUAGCCCCUUCGGUAUAGUCUCAGAAUAUACAAAGGGAAUAAAUAUCAGCGACAAAUGUUAGCGGGUGAAUUAAAUUUACUGCAGCCAGUACCAUAGCGGCUGGAGUGUCUUUAAGAAUGCCUUAAGUAUUUGCUUUUAUGUUUUUGCUGGAUAUAUUGAAUACCUGCUCAAGUGUUUGGGAAACUGCAUAUUAAAAACUUAGAUUAUUAAGCAGAGGUGGAGAGCUGAGGUCUCAAGUAAUCUGUAACAUUAGAUCUGAUGCUUUAAUGGCUAAUCUUAGAAAUCUUUAAAAAUCACAGUGGGGAUUUUACAGGAGCACUCGAGUGUCACUGAAAGCAGACACUGGAGAAAAAAAAACUAAUUUGAAAUAUCUAAGUUACAUAAUCACUCUUCUGAAAAAAAAAAAACUUAAGUAUUAAUCUUAAAAAAAGUAUAUAUUCCAGGUAUAUGUAUUAGUAUU